AUGGUGUCGGUUUCUGGUAGUUUCAAAAUGCAAAAUUAAAAUACGAUUAAGAUUGAGGUUCAGCUACAGCGUUCCAGGACUCACAGAUACCAAUUUUCUUUUCAAUUCUCGCGUCAAUUUAAACUUUGUCUGUGUUUAUUUCGGACCCUAUCUACCCUCACUGUUCGUUGCUUCAAUCGAAUUUUUUCAUCUCAUCUCGUAUAUUAUUAGUUAUUACUCCCUAUAACAUGAGGAGGUGACUUGGAGAUGUCAGACUUACCAGGAUAUAUGCGUUUCUGUUUGAACACAGGGAAGCUUCUUUCAUUGGCAAUAUUGGUCUCUGGGGGAAUCGUCUUGCAAAUUUUGGCAUGUGUCUUGUAUAAUAAUUGGUGGCCGAUGCUAAGUGUGUUAACAUAUGUGCUUCUACCAAUGCCUUUGCUGUUCUUUGCUGGGUCUAAUGACUCUAUAUUCUCCGAAUCUGAUAAUAGCUGGGUGAAUUUUACUAAGUUCUUGACCGGAGCCUCAACUGUGGGAGGCAUUGCCAUUCCAAGCAUAUUGAAGCAUGCAGGGGUUAUUGGUUGGGGAGCCUUUGCAAUGGAACUUUCUUCCUACUUCGUGUUUGGACUGACUGUAAUAUGUUACCUUUGGAUGGGUGAUGAAGAUGAAUACAGUAUCCUCUGAUACGAGAUUUGCUUCAUCAUUGUAAAAAUGAAUUGCUCCUUUCACGCGCUAUUGCUUUUCUUGCAUGUGUGACUUUCACUACAACAUAUUUGCUUUUUUUUAACGAUGAUUUGUUGACUCCCCC